CAUCACUACUUUUAUUGCCUUUAGCCAUUACAGAGGUUUCCUUUCUUCUUAUCAACUCCUGUCCAGAUUUUUACUUAUAAUGGCUGUAGAAAUUCAAAAUUUUUGAGUUGCCCAAUAAGUCAGGUGUCUGCUUCGAAGUUUUUGUCAAUUUCAGUUGUUUAACAGUAAAUUGAUAGCAACUUUGAUUAGUGCUUCAUUUCACCAGUUGGGAAAAAUGGGAAGCAUGGAACUUAUAUCACAUGCAUACGAGGAAGACUUUGAUCCUGGAGGCAUGGCCAGACUGAUGCCUAACAAGGCAUCUAAGUGGCAAUGCCAUGGGCGGAGGACAAGUUUCACCUUCUUGGGCUUCACUUGUUCUUUUUACUCACAUUCCAAACAUUACUUCAAUCUUUUACUCACAUACCAAACAUUACAUAAAUCUAUGUUCAGAACUAAACUACAGCCCAAACACUCUAACGAUAACAUAAAAAACAACCUUGAUGACGCAAGUACUCCUAACUUAAACAACUUAAACCAGUAAAAAAUUCUUAAUAUUUACAAGACUGUGGUGGGUGAAAGAACUAAAAUAACAAAAAUUAUUUUAAGAAAAGCAGGAGGAACUGGGCUUGUGCUUUGAUAUUUCAGGGGUGUCUCGCUAGUUUGAGAGGCAGAUUGUGAAGAAAAUAGCAGUGGCCCAUCAUUUCUCCAAUAAGUUUUAUAUUUAAGAGACUUAGAGAAACAUUGUAAAAUGAAUUAAUGGGUUGAGGCUUUAGGUGCAUGGUGUUCUGUGCAAGAUGAGCCCAAGCCUGCCAUAUUUAAAUGAAGGGUGGCGCCAAGUUUUUGAAACCAACUGUAUCUCCUUCUCUUACUGGGCAGAUGGGUAUCCCGAAGCCACCAGCCUCCCUCCAUCUGUCACCAACGUACCACCAUUGGUUCACUCCACUCUUUCACCCCAUUUGUUCACAUCACUUACAGCUUCUCACUUUAAUUUUCUCAGUUUUUCUCUACCAUCUCAUGGCCUUUUCUCUCUCUACACCGGUCUUUCUGCACCACUUGACGCGUUUCUCUUGCUUUUUGGACACCUGGGCGAUCUCCACUCGCACCAUCUUACACCACCACAACCUUCUUCAACCAGAGUUUCACUCACUACAUAUGCUGCUAGUACUCUCUAAAGACUCAGACACACACACUUCUGCUCUAUCCAACACUUCUUUUGACCACCAACCCAACCCAAAAUACAACCAUUUUUGCAUUUAAAAUAAUGGCAAACAACUUCUCUUCACUACCAAGAACCACAGCCACUACCGAUAUUAACAGCACAAACACUAGUACCAUCAUGAACUUGAGGCAAACAAACAUGCCUUCUUCUCAAAAUUCCCAAUUCUCUAACCCUGAACCGGUGAACUUCCCUCCAACAUUGCCUACAACACUACCGCAGUACAUAUUGCAACCUCAGUAUAUGCAACCUUUCCAUCAAAGCAUGCAAUUUUCUUGCCCAUACCCUUUAGAACAGGCGGCUACUCAGUCCUUUGUUGCCUAUCCUGUCUAUCCCGUGUGGUUUGGACAAAACGAGAUCGGAAUUGGUGCUCCUAACGUGGUACCUUCAGGGUCGUGCUUUUGGCAACCAAAUAAUGGGGUGGUAAUGGAACAACAAAGAGGGAGUUUAGAUCCACAAAAGACCAAGAUUGCUAGGACUAAUAGAAAACUAGCGCGCCAAAGGAACCUUAUUCUGCAGAGAAAUGCUUCUUCUGGUAGUUCUUCAAUUGCGUGUUCCUCAACUCAUAUGAAUGCAAGGAGACUUGCAAUGUAUAGUGCUGAGAACAUCAACAAUAAUAGAGAUCAGUAUAACUUUUGCACUCCUGAUAACAAAAGACUAAGAGUGUUGCUGAAGAAGGAGUUGAAGAACAGUGAUGUGGGGUCUCUUGGAAGGAUUGUUCUUCCAAAGAGAGAAGCUGAGGAGAAUCUUCCUAUUCUCUCUGAUAAAGAAGGAAUUCAAGUAGUGAUGAGAGAUGCCUUCUCUGAACAAUUCUGGACUCUUAAGUUCAAGUACUGGUGCAACAAUAGAAGCAGAAUGUAUGUUCUUGAAAACACAGGAGAAUUCGUAAGGCAAAACAGGCUACAGAUUGGAGAUUCCCUUACUCUUUACGAGGAUGAGAACAAGAGCCUCGGGCAGUAUUUCUCCAUAACAAAGGUGGAAAACCAGACCAGACCAGAGGCCGAAUCAUCUUCAUUCAACCAACACUAUAUAAACCAGAACAACACAUACAACUAUCAUACUCAAAUUACGCCGCAAGCUAGAGACGAAGAAGAAGCGUCUUUAGCACUACUAAUAGAACAGCUUCAACAUAAGGAACAACAAGAAGCAUACAAUCUCAUGGCAUUGCCUAUGGAAAGUAGUUCUUCCUCAUAUAGACAACUUGAUGAAGCGAGUAACAGUACAUCUAACAACAUUACUAACACAGGAAUCCAUCCCUACUCAGCAGAAGCUGCCGCACAACUACCCUCAUUAUCGAGGGAUAACAUUAGCAUCACAGAUGAUCAUCAGAAUAACAGUAGUACUGAUGAUUGCUAUGGUGGUCUGGGAAUGUUACCCGAUGUCAACCAGUAUAAUUUUUUGCUUUGAACAUGAGCAACAGCUUCAUGGAUUAAGGGGAGGGAUAAUUUGUCAGUGUAAAGACUCCAUGGUUAAUAUGAUUCAUGGAUGAUUGAUUAGUUUCCAUUUUUAUAGUGAUACAUGAUUGUUUGGGGAAAAUUGCAACGCUAAGAGGGGGAAUAAUUAGAGUCUUUUUUGUAUAUUACUUUAAAUUUAGUAGAGAUAGUUAUUCUCUUACUUAAUUUUCUGAAUGAUGUACAUCAAUACAUAGUGAAUACAAUUGUUUACAAUCAAUACUUUUCUUAA